CACCGCAGCAUUUGUAAGUCCUUCCUCAAUAAAUUCCCGGCAAUUGACAGCGGUAUCGUUCCGCGGCCCAAAGUAUCUUCCCCCCUUCCGAUAGGUCUCGUUGCACCGGCGAAUAUCCGUCCAUCGCGUUCUGCUCAGUGAACAUUUUGGUAAACGUCAUGCAGCACAAUUACCCCACCAUUGAAAAAGCUACCCCGCCCUAGCUGCUCAACACCAGAGAUGUCGGGACUUAGAAGCUUGUUUGGGGAGGGCGUGAUAAGGUGAGGGGUUGACGAAGGCACUUUCAACUAAAAAAAAUUCCUUUCGUCGCAGUUUUUGAAGUCGGUUUUCGAAUUCUUUUGGCUGCUAAAAGAUGGCUUCAGAAGAGCUUGCGAAAGUCGAGCAGUUGAAGAUUGCGGACGAUUACGAGGUUUACAAGUUAGGGGAUUUUAAGUUGAAGUCUGGCGGAGAGAUUCCAGAUGCGUUCAUUGCAUAUAAGACGCUUGGAGAUGCAUCGCUGCCGGCGAUUAUCUAUCCGUCGUGGUAUUCAGGCUUGAUAUCCGACAACCUCUGGCUCACGGGUCCUGAUAAAACUCUCAACUCCGAGACAUACUAUAUCAUCAUACCAGCCCUUUUUGGCAACGGUCAAUCCAGCUCGCCCUCCAACACACCCUCACUACGUCCCUUUCCCCCAGUCCUGUUCUACGAUAACGUGCGCGCCCAAUACGAACUUGUCACCAAACAUCUCGGGAUUAAACAUGCACGCGCUGUCCUCGGAUGGUCCAUGGGUGCAGGUCAGACGUAUCAGUGGGCGACGCAGUAUCCGGAUUUCAUGGACAUAGUGGUGCCGUUUUGCGGGAGCGCAAAAACAAGUCUCCAUAACCAAGUAUUCCUUGAGGGAGUAAAGAGCGCCUUAUUCGCAGCAAAAGGUACGAGUUCUGCAGGCGUCUCCAAAGCCGAUCUACACACAGAGAAGUACGGAUACUCUUCUUUCAUCCCAGAGACCCGGUCCAACGGCCUGAAAGCGCUCGGUAGAGUGUAUGCAGGCUGGGGGUUUAGUCAAGCAUUCUAUCGCGAGAGAUUGUACGAAUCGGUUCUUGGAUUUAAGGAUCUUGACGAUUUUCUGAUUAAUUUUUGGGAGGCUUGGGCGUGCUCGAAGGACCCAGAGAAUAUGCUGGUCAUGGCUCAUACGUGGCAGGCAGGAGAUUGUUCGCAGCAGGAACCGUAUAAUGGGGAUUUUAAAAAGGCAAUGCACGGGAUUAAGGCGAAGGCUUUGGUACUGCCCGGAAAGACGGAUUUGUAUUUUCCGCCGGAGGAUAGCGACAUGGAAGUUGAGAAUAUGAGACCAGGGGUAGGGACGUUGAAAGUCUUCCCGAGCAUUUGGGGACAUUGGGCUGGUGGUGAGUGGAAUUCUAUUUGAGUUGAAGUGGACUCGUGUUGACUGAUGCGUAGGUCCUGGACAAAGUGCGGAGGAUGUGAAGUGGCUCGAUGAUAAUUUGCGAGAGUUCUUCGCUAAAAACUGAGUUGUUUAACAUAU